AUGUCUACCGCCGCCACUCCUGAAGUCCUCUGGGCUCAACGCUCUCACAAGACCGACGAGGCCAAGAACUUCAUCUACCUUACCAUCAGCGUUCCUGACGUCCAGAAGUCGAAUCUCAAGCUUGAUAUCAAAUCACAAUCGCUCACCUUCACCGGCCACUCUGACUCCCUCAAGCGAGACUACCACCUCGAGCUCACCUUCUGGGGCGAGAUCGACGAGAAGGAGACCAAGAUCAACCACACUGCUAAGAACGUUGCGCUGGUCCUGAGAAAGAAGGAACUGAAGGAGGAGUUCUGGCCACGAUUGUUGAAAGAUGCCGCAAAGGUCCACUUCCUGAAGACCGACUUUGACAAGUGGGUUGAUGAGGACGAGCAAGAUGAGGCUCCCGAGGACGACCUAGCAAACAUGGGCGCAAUGGGCGGUGGAAUGGGCGGCAUGCCAGGCAUGGGUGACAUGAGCUCGAUGAUGGGAGGUGCAGGUGGUGACUUUGGCGGUAUCGACUUCUCCAAGCUUGGCGGUGCGGCACCUGAGGGGGAGGAUGACGAUGAUGAUGAUGACGACGAUGAAGAUAUGCCCGCGCUCGAGGGUGAGGACGGCAAGGAAGACGAGAAGGCGGAACCUAAGAAGAGUGCUUCCAAGAUUGAGGAGGUUGCCUAG